AUGGAAGGGUCCCCCUGGAGUGAGAGGGUGUCUGGAGUGUUUGCCUAUGAGAGUUCAAAGGUCGACUGGUGUGAGGAGAACUACAGGCACUCUGAACAUGUGGUUGAGUACUUUAACACGGUGAGCAACCUGAUCUUCUUCAUCAUAUCUCCCAUGAUGCUGUACCUGCUGCACCCCUACGCGAGAGAGAGGCACCUGGCCGUUCACCUGGUGUGGCUCAUGAUGGUCUUCGUCGGAGUGUUCUCGCUCUACUUCCACAUGACUCUGAGCUUCCUGGGCCAGAUGCUGGACGAGCUGUCCAUCCUGUGGGUGCUGGCUCUGGGCUACGCCCUCUGGUUCCCUCGCAGGCGCUUCCCCUCCUUCAUCAAGGACAGAAGGAGCUUUGGGAGGUUGGUCCUGAUUAUCACGGCCCUCACCACAGUGUCGUCCUUCGUCAAGCCUACCGCCAAUGCCUACGUCCUCAACGUCUUUGGCCUCCAGCUGCUCUAUGUACUGCGGAUGGAAAUGAAACACUGUACGGACCCCAAGGCGCUGAGUCUGGCCAAGAGGAUGGUGGCUCUGUGGGUGCUGGCCAUCGCCUGCUGGAUCAGCGACCGCUUCGGCUGUGCCUUCUGGCAGGAGCUCAACUUCUGCUACCUGCACGGGAUCUGGCACAUCCUGAUUGUGAUGGCUGUGGCCUACGGCACGACCCUCAUCGCCUUCCUAGACGCCAGCUAUGAGAUUCCCUAUUCCCUUCCUGGAAUACAGUACUGGCCAUGUGACCAGUGGGAAGUCGGAUUGCCCCACAUUGUACUAAAAGGCAACACCAAGUUGAGGAAAGAAUGCUAGCGAACCAAAUCUAAAAGAAGAAAAUGAGCUGCUGGAAAAACCUCAUGCAUUUUCCGUCAUUUUUCCCAGUAUGUAACUGUUAUUAAAGGUGCUAUUGGUACAGUACUCUAUGGUACAGUACUCUAUGGUACAGUACUCUAUUGGUAUCGUACUCUAUUGGUACAGUACUCUAUGGUACAGUACUCUAUGGUACAGUACU